AUGUAUGAAAAUAAUAGUAAUCAUGGUUAUCCAGUAAUGGUUGACACGCCAAAACAAGAACCUUUUAUUGCUGAACAUCCCCAAUUACACAAACUUGACGAAUAUCUACGUCAAGGUUAUUAUAUGUUAAACGAUACUUGCCAUUAUGCCCUUCUUCGUACACCUGAUCAUCAAGUCGUUUGUGCCAAUUGUAAUGAAAACAAUGUUCAAUAUGUAGAAGCUCAACAUCCAGGUCAAAUUUAUGAAAUGUCUGAUGCCGUUAUUGAAUUAACAGAAGCAAUACAAGUACUGAAGAAACAUGAAACGGAAUGUGUGGAAAGUUAG